AUGCCUAUUUCUCCGCCUACCGCUCCUUCUUCGAGGUACACAACACGCUCCGUGACCUCUUUGUUGAAUGGUGCCAGCUGGUCAAGAGAUGGCAAGCUAUUAGCUAGAAUUUUGGAUAAUUUUACAAUCGAGAGUCGACGGGAUAUGUAUAGUCGUGUCGAGAUUCAUGGGCGCAAUUGUGCCGCGGAAAAGGAAACCCACGUUGUUCGUCUUCGGGAGGUCACCGCAUGUACCGCAAGGCUGGCGAAAAGUAAGCAUAAAGCUGCCUCCGCCUUUCAGAAAAUUCGGAAGACAAGGUCUAAGUCCCGACAGAAGACAUCAGACAACAUGAGCACAACCGCCAAAAUCCAUAGAAGUAAUGGCAGAAUUGGCCCCAUGAAAGCGAGUACUCCUCCUAUGCCACACCCACAACUACAAUUAGCAAGGCGUAGAGCGAACAACGGUAUUUCCAAGAAAGGUCGCACGUACCCCUUCCAACCAGCAGGCCGAGCUGGGACAAAACGACACGGGAGCGUCAGAACGCAUCCUGGAUGCAUCGCGGCGGAUAAACACAAUAAGGGGUUUGGGCGCAAUACUCACGAGGUGACCUCCGCCCCUGCUGUAUUUAUGGCGGGACCGGGCAAACCACGUCUCCAAAUUCAACCCCUGCGUUCUGCAACGGAGGAAUUUUAGCCCGUGUAUCCGAGGUGAUUUUUUUUCAUCCUACCCGGCUUGUUUGUUCCUUCUUUCACACCAUUAUUAUGGUUGCUUUGUUGAGCUCAAAUUGAGCGCUGUGGCAUGUGGCGUCUUCUUCUCGAUUCAUGCCAUAUGUGCGCUUUAGUUAUGACCAUUCAUUCCCCUUGUCUCUGUCCCUUCAUUUCGACAUAUCUGGCUCUUCCUUCCCCCUUGGAAUGUUGUCAGGUUUGCCAGUUUCUGUGCUGGAUAUGUUUCAUUGACUUCUACAAUAUUGUUUUGUGAGUUUCUUCUUGCUUUAUUUUCUUUGUCCUGGUUAACUUACUUGUUUAAGAACUGCAAGUUUUAGAAUUUGAUUGUGGCGCGCAAGAUUAGGUCUUACCCGUCGCCCUCUUCGAUCUCUUCUCAUAUUGGAGAUUUUUGUCGUUCCUAUGUUUUUCUCUGGAAGAAAUGAUGGCCGCCAUUUAGAUGGGGUAUCCGGGAUGCCCUGAGUUGUGAAAAAGAAUAUUGACAAGAAAAAUGUAGAGCAGUCCUCUCCUCAAUGAAACAAAAUUAUGUUACCUACACUAUACCCGCAAUCAUAAG